UGAAAAGCGAUUGUAAAUAUGGGAAACAGACUUGUUUCUGUGAUACACAGUUUUAUUGCUGACACGGUCUGUUCUUUUUCACUUAUUCCACUUCCAGGCCCUUGUACGUUUGACAUGGAUCCACCAAAUGUGACAUGUUCAAAUGUAACGACACUAUUUUUCUUACCAAAUUCCUUUCUCGGACUGAAUGUUGGAAGCGGAUACACCUACGUGGAUGAUAACGUUGACCCAAGUGGUGUCUCGUACAACGUCACAAAGGGUCAGGACGGAGACUUGUUCCCUCCAGGACACACACCUGUUACACUGUUCGCAGAAGAUACUUGUCAGAAUGUAGCUACUUGUCUCUUCUAUGUAGAGAACACACUUACCGAGUUGCCUGUGAAUUGUCCAGACUUGAAUCGCAAUGUAAGCACAGAUGUGGACAAGGCAACGUAUACCUUUAACCCAGAUUUCGGAGCAGAUGACGUCACCAAAUCUGCAAGUGGUUACAGAUAUCACGGAGGUGGUGUCUCGGUUAAUCUUACACUUGGAGGUUCCCCAUUUGGAAGCAGUGUGUCCAUAGGAACCCAUGACGUGGUUGCCCUCAUCUAUGAUGACGUAUUGAAUAAGACAUGCACAGGAAUCUAUAUUAUUACAGGAACAACACGAGAAACCACUCUGGCUACAACACCUGCAACAAAACCUGCAACAACGCCAGGAACGACACCCGGAACAUCACAUGGACCAACACCUGUGACAACGCCAGCUACAACACCUGGAACAACACCUGAAACAACACCAGGCACAACACCAGGAACAACUCCAGGAACAACACCAGAAACCACUCCGGCUACAACACCUGCAACAAUACCUGCAACAACACCAGGAACGACACAUGCAACAACACCUGUGACAUCACCUGGAACAACACCAGGCACAACACCAGGUACUACACCAGUCACAACACCAGGUUAGGUCAAGUUUUGUUUGAGGUUUAAAGGUAGAAAAACUACUCUACUUUAAAGGAGUUGGGUUCUCUGAAUGUCGUGUUGUUAUUGCAUCUGUAAGAAGAUUUAACAUUUCUCA